UCCUCCAGCGCACUAAAAACGACAAACUCGCGCGGCGGCGUCAAAGUGAGCGCGGAUCCCUCCGAUCUCGCCUUCUUGUCUUUUUUUUUUAAGUCUCUUGUGACGUGGGAAUGAGCGGUUGUUUGUACUUUGAAGUGCGGGAUAUCUUUUAAGCGAAACAACAACAAAAAUGGACCCCGAAGUGCGCUUGUUAUGCGUAUUGUCAUCCUCUUCCGGAAGCGGGGCGGCUUACCUAAUGGCGGUUAGUUCAUCUUUAAAGCAGCCUUAAAAAGAAGAAAAGUGCAAGAGAUUCCUGCAGGAGUUUUACACUGAGGAUGACAAUGGAAAGAAGGUGUUCAAAUACGGAGCGCAGCUUGUGGCGCUGUCCCACAGAGAGCAGGUGUCCCUUGUUGUGGACCUGGACGAUGUGGCCGAGGAGGACCUCGAUCUGGUGGAGAGCAUCUGUGAGAAUGCAAAGCGUUACACGGGCCUUUUUGCAGACGCCGUGCACGAACUGCUGCCAGAGUACAAGGAGCGAGACAUCGUGGCCAAGGAUUCUUUAGAUGUGUACAUCGAGCACCGGCUGAUGAUGGAACAAAGGGCGCGUGACCCCGCAGACACGCGGGACGCACGCAACCAAUACCCGCCGGAACUCAUGAGGAGAUUCGAGCUCUACUUCAAGCCCCCCGGCACGGCUAAACCCAAGGUGGUGCGCGACGUCCGGGCUGACUGCAUCGGGCAGCUGGUCAACGUCCGAGGCAUCGUGACCCGUGCCACCGAGGUCAAGCCCAUGAUGGCGGUGGCCACGUACACCUGUGACCAAUGCGGUGCUGAGACGUACCAACCUAUCCAGUCGUCAUCCUUCAUGCCCCUCGUCAUGUGUCCCAGCCAGGAGUGUGUCACCAACAAAUCUGGCGGUCGCCUUUACCUGCAGACCAGAGGGUCCAAGUUUGUCAAAUUCCAGGAGCUCCGCAUUCAAGAGCAUAGCGACCAGGUGCCCGUUGGCAACAUCCCCAGAAGUAUGUCCGUGUACGCGCGCGGAGAAAACACGCGUCUGGCCCAGCCCGGUGACCACGUGGCCAUCACGGGAGUCUUCCUGCCUCUCCUGCGCACGGGCUUCAGACAGGCCACUCAGGGUCUUCUCUCUGAGACCUACAUGGAAGCUCACUGCAUCACGCUCAUGAACAAGACCGAAGACGACGAGCUGGGGAACGACGAACUGACGGACGAAGAGCUGCGCAGCAUCACCGAGGAAGGAUUCUACGAAAAACUGUCUGGCUCCAUCGCGCCCGAGAUUUACGGCCACGAGGAUGUGAAGAAGGCGCUGCUCAUGCUGCUGGUUGGAGGCGUGGACCAAGCACCGAAGGGCAUGAAGAUCCGAGGUAACAUCAACGUCUGCCUGAUGGGAGACCCCGGAGUGGCUAAAUCCCAGCUUCUGUCCUACAUCGACCGCCUGGCUCCUCGCAGCCAGUACACGACAGGCCGAGGCUCCUCGGGCGUGGGUCUGACGGCAGCCGUGAUGCGGGACCCCCUGACCGGGGAGAUGACCCUGGAAGGUGGUGCCCUGGUGCUGGCCGAUCAGGGCGUGUGCUGCAUCGAUGAGUUUGACAAGAUGGCCGAUGCCGACCGCACGGCCAUCCACGAGGUGAUGGAGCAGCAGACAAUCUCCAUCGCCAAGGCCGGCAUCAUGACAUCGCUCAACGCCCGCUGUUCCAUCCUGGCCGCCGCCAACCCGGCGUACGGCCGCUACAACCCAAAGAAGAGCAUCGAGCAGAACAUCCAGCUGCCGGCCGCGCUGCUCUCGCGUUUCGACCUGCUCUGGCUCAUCCAGGACAAGCCGGACGCCGAAGCCGACCUGCGUCUGGCCCAGCACAUCACCUACGUGCACCGGCACUCCCGGCAGCCACCUACGCACUUCACCCCCAUCGACAUGAAGCUCAUGAGGCGUUACAUCGCGGUGUGUAAGAAGAAGCAGCCCGUGGUGCCCGAGUCUCUGGCUGACUACAUCACCGCCGCCUACGUGGAGAUGAGGAAGGAGGCGCGGGUCAGCAAGGACACCACCUUUACGUCGGCCCGUACCCUCCUCUCCAUCCUCCGCCUCGCCACCGCGUUGACCCGCCUCCGCCUGAUGGACGUCGUGGAGAAGGAGGACGUUAACGAGGCCAUGAGGCUGAUGGAGAUGUCCAAGGAUUCGCUGCAGGCCGACAAGUCCAGCGGCGCAAGGGCUCAGCGACCGGCCGACGUCAUCUUCUCGCUGGUGCGCGAGCUCUCCACAGAGGGCCGCGGCGGCGUGGUCCGCAUGUCCGAGGCGGAGCAGCGCUGCGUCCAGCGAGGCUUCACACCCGCCCAGUUCCAGGAAGCCUUGGAGGAGUACGAGGAGCUCAACGUGUGGCAGACUAACCAGGCUCGCACUCGCAUCACCUUUGUCUGAUAGUGGAGGAAGGUGAGGCGCGCAUGCGUGCGGUGUAAAUAGUUCUCAACCCCAACUUUGAUCCACAUUCCAACAUGGAACAGCUUCAUUAAGUAUUUCUGCUGAUUUUAAUGACUCAUUGUUUUGCUGCUGGUGAUGUCCCACAUAGUUAUAAUAAAUAUAUUGUACGCACUUUGA